AGUCGUUGGUGGCCUCUUCCACUUGGCAUGGGCAGUUGUUGGAGAUCAGUGGAGCUGAUUCUGGAGAGGUCCUUUCUGUGUCACUGCCUUGGGUAACUGCCAGAUAGCACAAAUAAAAUCCAGAUGAUUGUACAAUCUUUAUCUGAUUAUUUAAAACAUUGUCUUAGGAGAGGAUGAUGCUGGAGGCACAGAACUAACACUGAAACACAAGGAAGGGACCCAACUGGUUUGGCCACUACUCUCUUAUGCUGCCCGUGGACUGGCACAAGAGAUAGGAUAAGGUCAGCUUAUUGCACGUUUUGGGUGGUCGCUGGUUAAUUGUCUUGCGAAGGGUGGCUUCCUUGUGGAAUGGCACAGGCUAUCUAGCACAGUCUUAUAAGCACCAAGUCUGCAGGCAACACCAGCAGGAAGCCAGGCUUUGUUCUGCAGAUGUGAGAGUGGAGAAGUAGGUAGAUGCCUUGGCGGUGCCCUCUUGAAUGAAGCUUUCUAGCCCUGGGAUCAAACUCAGCCAGGUUCGUGCGCCUUAUCGGUAACCGGAACUGGGUUGCAGUAACCAAUCUGCACUCAGGUGCUCGACCGCGGCAAUGUCCAGGAUAUAGCCGACGGGGUACUCGCAGUUGAAGGAGUAAGUGCUGCUUCGGUUGCUUUUCUUCAGUGAUUCUCUGCCCGGAAUUCCUGAGGGGGACGCCUGUCCCCCUCUCGUGGAUGGGAGUUCCCUUCAGGCGGCACCUGGCGAAGCUCGGGGCUUCCUACUCGAAUCGCGCGGAUUUGAGCCCCACGACAGCACCGUGAGACAGCGGGCGGGCUGGUCGAGCGAGCGAGCGAGGAGAAAGCCUCGUCUCCCGCCUCUGCCCGAAUCCUACUUCCCCUCUUUCAGCCCCUGUCGCGGCGCGCUUGGAGUAGCUCUCUGAGAAACUUCACCUUUGCGGUCUUGCCCAGCUGCGGCGGCGGCGGUUGUAGCGAGUGGCCGGUCUUGGGCAGGCGAGAAAUUGGGAGGCAGGCGCUGAACGAGUCUCAGGUUGUGGCCGAAAGCUCCGAGCGAGCCUGGCGAGUAGCUGACCGCGCUCCACGCCGCCCCCUAACGGCCGCUGUCACCACCACCCAUCCAGGACGCCUCUUCUUGCCUCUUCUGGGCGCUGUGGGGGCUCCUCGCCGUGAUCGUUCGUCCCCCCGGCAAAGUGCAUCCACAGCUGCCGGCGGCCUCCAGCGGACGUUGGUGGUAGACCGGCAAUGGGUCUAAUCUUUCCGCCCGAUCCCCGUGGCUCUGGGCGCCUGCCGCUGCUGCUACUGCUGAAGGGAUCCCGUAGCGGAGACGGGAGGCGGCGAAGAGCGAGAUCCGUGGAGCAGCGAACUUCGUAUUUUGUUAUCUUCUCCAGUUCCUUUUCUUCUGUUCUGCUGUCUCCAGGCAUUCUGUUGGUGUGGAAAUUAUAGCUGUUGAAAGUGGAUUGAUCUCGUGGAUCUGUAGAUAGUGAGCAAGAAACAUACCAUGCCCGUCCUAUCUGAAGAUUCAGGUUUGCAUGAGACGCUUGCCCUCCUGACCUCACAGCUGAGGCCUGACUCCAAUCAUAAGGAGGAGAUGGUAUUCCUGAGAGACAUUUUUAGUGAGAGAAGUCUCAGCUGCUUAAUGAAAAUUCAUGAAAAAUUGUGCCAUUAUGAACAACACAGUCCGGUCCCAGUACUGCAUAACGCCUCUGCUCUUGCUGAAGAUGUGAUAGAAGAAUUGCAGACUGCACCGAUGAAUAAUGAUGAAAAGGAACUGCUUCAGCUGCUCUCGACUCCCCAUCUCAGGGCGAUGCUUGUUGUGCAUGAUACUGUUGCUCAGAAGAAUUUUGACCCUGUUCUCCCUCCAUUGUUGGAUAAUAUUGACGAUGAUUUUGAUGAAGAAUCAGUGAAAAUAGUUCGUCUAGUAAAGAAUAAAGAACCUCUGGGUGCAACUAUCAGGAGGGAUGAACACACAGGGGCUGUAAUUGUUGCCCGCAUCAUGAGGGGAGGGGCAGCUGAUCGCAGUGGUCUUGUCCAUGUUGGAGAUGAGCUGCGGGAAGUUAAUGGAAUUGCUGUACUUCACAAACGACCAGAAGAAAUUAGCCAGAUUUUGGUUCAAUCCCAGGGAUCAAUAACACUAAAAAUUAUUCCAGGCAUCAAAGAAGAAGAUCGUCUGAAGGAUAGCAAGGUGUUCAUGAGAGCCCUUUUUUCCUACAAUCCAAAAGAGGAUAAAGCUAUCCCAUGUCAGGAGGCAGGGCUGCCUUUUCAGAGAAGGCACAUCUUGGAAGUGGUUAGCCAAGAUGACCCAACAUGGUGGCAGGCCAAACGUGUGGGUGACACAAAUCUUCGAGCAGGGCUGAUUCCUUCUAAGCAGUUCCAAGAAAGACGCUUAAUGUAUAGAAGGACCAUUGGUGCAUUGCACAAUUCCAGAAGUAUUACAAAGCCAUACUAUGAUCAGUCUUCCGAGAAAGAAGACUGUGACUGUGAGGGUUACUUCAAUGGACAAUACAUAGCUGGCUUGCGAAGAAGUUUCCGACUGAGCCGAAAGGAGAAGCAGAGUGAUCCAAAUGAAGCCAAACAAAGUGAACCAAACUCCACUCGAGAACUUCUCACAUAUGAGGAAGUCAUCAAGUAUCAACAGCAGCCUGGUGAAAGGAAGAGACUUGUGGUUUUAAUUGGUUCUUUGGGAUCUCGGUUAAAUGAACUCAAGCAGAAAGUAGUGGCAGAAAAUCCACAGGAAUAUGGAGUUGCUGUGCCACAUACCACAAGGACCAAGAAGAGUCAUGAAAAGGAGGGUGUGGAAUACAACUUUGUUUCAAAACAGUCAUUUGAGAUUGAUAUACAGCACAACAAGUUUGUCGAACAUGGAGAAUAUAAGGAGAAUCUUUAUGGGACAAGCCUGGAGGCUAUACAGUCUGUCAUGUCUAAAAAUAAAGUUUGCCUUGUGGAUGUUGUGCCUGAGGCAGUGAAGCAUUUAAGGACAGCAGAAUUCAAGCCCCAUGUUGUCUUUGUAAAGCCUCUUGUCUCUGAAAAGAAAAAGAACACACCAGCCUCUCUGCUGACAGAGGACAUCUUUGUCCCGCUUGAUGAGGAGCAGCAAGAAAUGGUGAACUCAGCAGCCUUCAUUGAGAAACAAUAUGGCCACUUAAUCGAUACUGUCCUGGUAAAGGAAGAUCUCCAGAGUGCCUGCAGCCAAUUGAAAACCAUAUUGGAAAAACUGAACACAGAUUGUUUUUGGGUGCCUGUUUCUUGGGUUAAGUUGUAGACAGCCAUAUUAUGCCAAAAAAGAAGAUAAUAAUUUGUAAAUAGAAUGGAUGGCUAGAAGGGGGAAAUGCUGCUGUAGCAGCCAGUUUGUUCGAAAACCUGGAAAGAGAAUCUCUUUGCAACUAAAACGGUAUUCUGAUUAAUCACUUCCUCUAAAAGAAUGGAAUGCAAAAUUGCACGAUACAAUCCAGGGUAUGUGUGAGUCUUCUUAUAAAGCAGUUCUGGAUAUUUGAAUGCUGUUUCUAGCUCUGCGACAGAUUCAAACUCUGGUUAUCUUGACAAAGAUUAAAUAACUGGGAAACAUUACAGAGCAAAAUAUGCCAACUCUGAAACUUCCACAAUGAAUAAUAAAUGAUAGAGUCCUUCAUAUAAGGGUUGUAAUAUCAGAUAACACAAUAAUAAACCUUCUCCCCUCCUGCGAUUGGUUGAGCAAGCAGAAUCAAAAGAGCAAUUAGAAGUGACAGUUGAUAUUUUACUAGAAGAGAAAUCUUCCUAGCCACCUCCAAAGGCUUUAAUAAUUUUGUCUGAAAAUUAACCACACUGUAUAUUCUCUCUUUAUAACUAUAUUUUGAGACAUCAAUGACUUAGUGGGAUUUUCUCCCUAGAUUAUCUCAGUAAAUUGCGUAAAUAUUAUGUUAAAUUAUGAAGUCAAGACAUUGGAAACUGUCUCAUUUCUAAUCAAAGGACCACAAAUUUCCCAUGAGAAAUGGUGAAGAAGCAUUUGUCCUCUAUUUCUACUUUGUUAUGAACUGUAAGUGCUGGGGUAUCUCUGUCAUAGGCCAAUCAGUUACCCAUUUUACGUCAGUUUUAACUUAGGCAAGUGGUCUGAAUUUUUAAAAUUGCAAAGGAUAUUUGACAUAAGCUUGAUCUUGCAGAAUGAUAGCUGAAGAUCUUUGGCAGUCAGGAGUAUCCAAUGCCCAAGACUCUCCGUGAUUAGCAUAAUACUGGAUUUGCUGUGCAAACAUAGAAUUGGAUGCAGAGUUCAGCAUCCAGAAAUUCACUUUAAAGGCUGAGCAAAAUUUCAGUUCUUCUAAUGAUUGAAAAUAUAUAGUUUUUCUUUGCUUUUCUGGACUUGGUAAAAACUGAAGUGGAACCUCCUUCAAUUCUAAGAAUUGAGGUGAAGGAAUAUUCUAACUCUGAAGCAUCACAGCUAGCCUUUUCCAGAACUCCAUAUUCAAAAUGAUUGAUACAUCAUAAACAUACAAGUCAUCUGCUUUGCUUUAUUUUUUUCUUGUAGAAUGUUGUUAUUUUUUGCAGAUGUUGCUUUGGUGAUUAAAAGGGAGGGUUGGUUCUUGUGAGACAGGGCUUGGCUUAUCUGUAUUUUUCUUCUGUUCUCCAUACUGGUUUUUCUGUUCUUUGUAAAGAAAAUAUUUCCCAUUGUGAAAAAAAUUAUCAAUCUUCCUAGAGCUCUUCUAUAUCUUAAUUACAGCAUUUAUCACCAGUCGUCUUUUGAAGCAGAAAUUGAUGUACAUAUUUAAUUCUGUAGUUUUAAAAUUGUAAAGAAAGUUGGGGCUUUGUUUAAAAACUUAUCACGGAGAUUAAUUGGGCCAUCAAGUUGGUGUCAGUUCUUAGCAACCAUAUAAUUUCUCUAGGUGGAUCUGUUCCCAGGUUACUGUAGUUCUUCAGAUCUUCCAAUGGUGUAAUCCAUCACUGCCAUAACUGAGUCCAUCUAUCUUGUUGCUGGUCAUUGUUUUUCCAUUCACCUUUCUGAACAUUAGAGGUUCUCCAAGAGCUAGAUGUCUUCAUAUGUCCAAAGUAGCAUAAAUUGAGCCUGGUCAUUUGUGCUUUGAGCGAGAUAUCAUUAAGGUUGAUAAUACUAGGUGAACCUCUCUAGAAAACCGUUUGCUCACCAUUAUUAAUCUUUCUGUGAAUGAAACAAGGUUCUAGGAUACACUGUCAAUUGAUGUGCAAGGCUGGUAGGAUUUGGCAGAUCUAGCUACUACCUGACAAAAGGUGAGGGUAUAUGUUCACCUUAUAUAUUGUAUGUAUGUGGUAUGAUAUUCCAUUUAUCCUUUACAAGUAUGGGAUAGAGGCAUAUAGCUUGGAAUGCAAGGAAUUCCCCCUCCCCCAAUUUCUCUUUGAAUCCCUCAUGCCUAAAAUAAAAAAUUCCCUUUGGUAUCAAAUACAUAGUUUGGUUCAUAGAAUGUAUCAACAAGCUGAUAGGAAUUGUGUAACUAAAAAUUCAGGUUUCCUAAGAGUGCUAGUCUUUUGCAAGAAAAAAUAAUAGCUAAUCAGUUCAUUGUUGUAUACAAUUUAUUAUUGCAGGUCAUUUCUAGUGUCUUUCACAAGACGAAUUGGUGCAGAAGAUGCUCCUUGAAGAGAAAGAAAUGGUCAAAUCUUUGAUAUCACAAGCCACCACAACCCAUUUUGCAAAUUGGGUGCUUGUGAGGGUAGAUGAAAACAAAACAAAACAGAACAAAAAUCAGUGCAUGAAUGCAGCUAGAAUAUUCAAAACUCUUUUUAACAGUACAUAUUUGUGCAACUAGAAUAUUUUUAAAUUUGUUUUUAUGCUUAAGGACAACUUGUAUUCCAGCAGUCCCCUGACUGAUCAGUUGCUUCUUUAAAUAAUUCAUUGUGUUGUAUCUGGGGUAAUACAAUGAUUUUAUGCAUUUAAUACAUGCAGUUUUUCAGAGAGAUUUUUAGGAUGAGAACUGCUUGCUUUAAUUUGUCUGCACUGCCUUUCUGAUACCUUUCCCAUUGCUAGUUGUCUCUUCAUUUGAAUACACAAUUUCAUCCACCAUU